AUGUGGGAUCCAGUUGGAGAAAAGGAAGUUUUAUCCAAAGAAACUGAUAUGGAAGAUUCUGAAAGAGAUAGUGUGAAAAAUUCUGAAGAAAGUGAGGAAGAAGACAUUAAUGAAUCAGAGUUUGAAUCAGAAGAAUUAGAAA